AUGACUUUGACGGAAGGAGAAAAACUUGGUAUCAUUAUUAAUGAAGAUGACACUGCCGACUUGUGUUCUAAAAGUGGGCUUUGUCUUAUCGGUAGAUUGCUUUCAGAACGGCGGGUUCAAAAGGAAGCUUUUCAGAUUAUGAUGUCUCGCUUAUGGCAAACACUGGCGUCGGUAACCUUCAAGGAAAUACAUGACAACUUGUGGCUCUUGGAGUUUGCCAAUGAAUCGGAUAGAAGAAGAAUUAAGGAGGGCAAGCCUUGGCUAUUUGAUAGAAGUGUUUUGGUUCUAAAGGAGGUGGAUGACAGUACAUCUCUUCUCCAGAUGGACUUCACCAAAGCUUUGUUUUGGGUGCAGGUGCAUGAUAUGCCUUUAACAUGCAUGAACAAGGGAGUGGGGAUCCAUAUUGGGGAAUCUCUAGGGAAGGUUGAGGAAGUGGAUGUCACGAGUGGUGGUAUAGGAUGGGGGAGAUGUCGUCGAAUUCAAAUUUUUCUAGAUCUUACUAAACCUCUUGAACGAGGUAGGGCUCUACUUAUUAAUGGGAAAUCAGUAUGGAUUUCUUUCAAGUACAAAAAGCUUCCCCAGUUUUGUUAUUCAUGUGGUCAGAUUUUCCAUGGGGGGAGCAAAUGCAGGGGAAGUGGAGGCUUUCGAUUGAACGAAGAGGCAGUGGUCAAGCAGUGGGGUGCAUGGAUGCGGGCCGAUCAUCUUCGAUUCCAGAAGGGGAAAUUUUCGAAGGGGGCUUCAAGCGGAGCUACAAAGGAGUCAAAGGAUUCCGGCAAUUCGGGGGCGGCCGGUGAUGGCAGUUCAGUUGAUAAGGAUAAAUCACGAAUUGGCCGUAUAAUUAGGGAUCAUCCAAAUGCUCCAACAAUCCUGCUAGUUGAGGCUACGGUUGCGGCAGUUGUUCAUAAUCCUCAACGUGUGCAUCAUGCUGAAGUGGUUGUGAAGGAGUCUAUCUCUCAACUUCCUAUUGAGGGAGGGAUUUUAAGGAAAAAAGAAAAUGUGGAAAAGGAGGGCUAUUCGGUGGGGUCCUUAGCGCUAUCCUCGGAGGAUCUCAUGGAAUGUUACGUGCAGGAGGAUCAUGGGGGUUUUGUUCAUAAACAAAAUAGUUUGGUGCUGUCUUUGUAG